AUGACGCUCAGCCGGUUUAUUUUUGGCGGCCUUGUUUAUCUAUUUGAGAAAUAAAGUUACAUUAAAAAUGUCCUGAAUGGCACUCGAAGUGGAAAAUUGUACAAACCCCUUUCUACCACAAUUGCUGGAUCAAAUCUUUGAGAUAUAUCGAAACCAAGCGGAAUCUGGUAGCCUUACAAAAGAAGAAAGUGGGAAAUUGUUUUACGAUUUAUCUGCUUUUCUGGGCGAGGAACUGGUCUUUCGCUCCCUUCAGCUUUUGGAUGAUUAUAUUUUCACCUAUUAUUAUUUUAAAAACAAAAACAAUCUUUAUGUGGUGGAACUUUCUAAAGGAUCUGAGUAUUUCCGGGUGCUCCCGAGGAUAAACUACUGCAAGUGCGACUUUUUCCAGUGCCACGUGCUGCAGUUGCCCAAAGGAAUCCUUUAUCAGGACAUUCCCAGUGGUCAAGUGGGCAUACUGGAGGAUUGGAGCGAGGAGAGCCGAGUGUCCUUCACCUGCCAGCACGUCCUGGCCCUGCGACUCCACCAAUUUUUGUGUCCGGGAACGAAAACCUCGGAACAGUACCUUAAAAAGGAGGAGCUCAAGAAUCUGCAAAAGGAGAUCUUCCGGGAUUAG